GGCUACCUGAGUGACACAGGGAGGGUUUUGGAUACGCCGCGCGUCUGGAUGUAACGACAAGGACGUUAACAAAAAUCCCGUAUAUGUUUAUUCGUAAAUGAAAAUAAGAUAAUAUUUCAUAAUAUUCGAUAUUUUGCAUAGAAAUGGCAAGUGUAGGACUGGCCGUUGGCGCUCCGAAUACAGAAGAGAGGGCGGUUUUCACGCAGCUUAAACCCGUGCGGAUGUGUAGCGCGGAUGGGCCGGAGGACACGUCUGUGUUCGAGGACGUCAAACCCGCGGUGAGACUUGCAACAAACGCUGUCGAAAUGGCUCAGACACGGAUGGAGAUGGAUAAAUAUUUGCCCCAAAUCACCCCACUGGUUGCCCCAAACAUUACGGAUAAGAAAUACCGUCGGGAAAGCGCCUCAGUGGUGGAUGAGUAUUUCGCAGAUGAGAAGCCAGCCCCUUACAGUCUCAACAUCAACGUUAUCCUUCCCAAUACCACACACCUUCGCACAGGCCUUUAUCGUCCAAACAAACCUCAGGUACAUCAGAUCAAAACUGAGCCAGGGGUGGACGAACCCUGUAGCAUUCAGACACUGCCCGAAUUCACCUCCGUCUUCAGCGUGCCCCAGACGGUCAACAGCCUUUACAUCAAACCUGACAUAAACGUCACAGACGACCUCCACAUUGGCCCUCAGCAGCCGGCGGUCUACCAGAUGCCUGUCAGCAGUAGCGACCUUACCACGAUGACCUUCUCCCAGAGUCAAUCGAUGAAUGGAAUCGGUGCACCCGGCAGGACCAUGCUCAACCUGAACACAGUGGCCUUGACGACACAGUCUGGAGAGUUUGUCAUGCCUGAGCCAUUUUACACUUCACCCCAACCUCACAGUUUGCCUCCUUCACCCCCCAACUCCCAGCCCGGCAGUCCCGAGAACCAGGCAGAGCUCAUUACCUCUGUUGCCCCUCCUCCGCCGUACCAGGCUAGAAUUGGAAUGAAGGUUGGACAGAUGACCCCUCACUCCAUGCUAAUGGCCCACGGUCAGGGCGUCCUCACGGGACCCAGAUACAACCGACGGAACAACCCUGAGCUGGAGAAGAGAAGGAUUCAUCAUUGUGAUUUCCCAGGAUGCACCAAAGUUUACACAAAGAGCUCCCACUUAAAAGCACAUCAGAGGACUCACACAGGUGAGAAGCCAUACCGGUGCAAUUGGGACGGCUGUGACUGGCGUUUUGCCCGCUCGGACGAACUGACGCGGCAUUUCCGCAAACACACCGGCGCAAAACCCUUCAAAUGUGUGGCCUGCAGCCGCUGCUUCUCUCGUUCAGACCACCUGGCACUGCACAUGAAGCGCCAUCAAAACUAGCGAACUUCACAUCCUUACUUUUUCAACUUUUCUAACAGUUUUAUUGUUCUAAAUAUUUCACAGUCACUUACGUAAGAAGAUCAAACCAAUGAAAGCUCUAUCGUACCAGCACUCCAAACGUUUAUACUGUCAUGAAGAGGACUGGACAUCACAACAGCAUCACAACAGAGAGCUCCAGCAGAAUGUAUACUACUGUACAUAUGUAUUGUAUGUGUGUGUGUGUGUGUGUGUGUCUGAUUAAUGUGAAAAGAUGUUAUUAGUUUUAUACUUGACCUCCAUCCACUUUUUCUGACUAAAUUUGAAAAUGUUCCUUUGGGGCCGUCUUCCUACUAACUUGAAAUGUAAAGUUUGAUUUGAGUCCAAGUAAUAGUUAAUUGUUAAUUUUGGAUGACAAUAACACAAUAUAUAUAUGGCAUUUCCCCCUAACAAAAGGCUAGAAGUAGCAACUCUGUUUGCUGUUCUCACCGUUGUGUAUCCAUGGAUACAGAUCUUUAUGAGACUGUUAAAAAAUAAGCGCUCAGAUCAGUCAUCUGUUUGACGUUUCAGCUCUUUGAAAGGCAGAAAAAAAGGCUGAUGAAUGAGACAAAUGUGCUCACGAAAGCAUUUGAGCGUGUGUGCCAAAUUUUCAGAACAUUAACUACUCACGUUUCACAUGACAAUUGAUUGUUUUAUGCAGCGUUGUCAUCUACAACUUGAAAUGAAGAAAGUGCAUAAAAUCCCUCACUUUUCCCGAGAACAAAUUAUUCAUAUUGUGGACAUUGUAGCAUUUGCCUUUUGUAAUGCCCUUGAGACCUGUCUUGGGCUCUAUGCAGCAUAGUGACCGCAGUUUAGAAACGCUUGAAAAAAAAAAGUUCUCAAGUUCUCUUUGUUUGUGUACAUGUCCUUCACUUAUGAAAGGAACUCUGGUGGAUCAAAAAAUACUGUAAAUACUGUAGUUAAAGUUAAACGUCUUGUAAAUACUUUACUCUUUGAAGAUAAUUGUUUUUAUUAUGAACAAAUGGGAUUUUUUUUUUUGAAUGUGGGUGAAUUAAGUUUGUAGAUCUUGCAUAUUACAUGAUCGGUUUAGCAUUUUGUAUGUACUUGUUUGAAUACAGAAUUUUGGAAAAUAAAAGAAUAAUUAAAAUCUU